CUACCUUUUGCACAAUGUAGUUGAAACUUGAAAGUGUCAUCCAUAAGUGCAAAUCAGAUCAUCAACUAUCUCACUGUUCAAAUAAAUUUACUUCUCAUCAAGCCUAUGGCUUUUCUCCCUGCCACCACUCCACCCUCAUAAAGCUCACACUCCCUUCUCUCCUCAUACAUCCACCAAAACUUGGACUUUCUCCUUCCUUCCUUACAGCAGCCUAGGAACAUACAAGAACAGCCUCAUUGUUAUCAGAGGCAGAGAGAGAUGGGGGUGGCCACUGUCACUGAGCUGAAGCAGCUGAGUGUUGUUCCUGCAAAGCGAAUUUUCCGAUCCAGUUUGAGCACACGGCAGGCCACCGAAUGGCCACUUUCUGAUGUUUCUAGUGAUCUCACAGUUGAAGUUGGUACAUCAAGCUUUGCACUGCACAAGUUCCCUCUUGUUUCCCGGAGUGGAAGGAUCAGAAAGCUCAUAUCCGAUGCAAAGAACUCAAAGGUGACGCGCAUCAAUCUCCAUGGCACACCGGGCGGAGCAGAAGCAUUCGAAAUCGCUGCCAAGUUCUGCUACGGCAUCAACACAGAGCUCAACCCAUCCAAUGUUGCCAUGCUGCGGUGUGCAGCACAUUACCUGGAGAUGACCGAGGAGUUUGCAGAGAAGAACUUGGAACUCCGAACAGAGAUCUACCUCAAGGAAGCAGUCAUCCCCAACAUCGUCAACUCAAUCACCGUCCUCCACCACUGCGAAAGCCUCCUUCCUGUGGCAGAAGAGAUCAAUCUGAUCAACAGGAUCCUCACAGCGGUGGCAACCACCGUAUGCAAAGAGCAGCUAACCUCAGGCCUCUCCAAACUCGACCACAGCUUGCCUCAUAAGCCUGCAAUGGCAGGGGUGGAACCGCCAAAAGACUGGUGGGGGAAGUCGCUGGCAGUGCUGAGCUUAGACUUCUUCCAAAGGGCUCUCUCAGCAAUGAAAUCUAAAGGCCUGAAGCAGGAGACUGUGAGCAAGAUCCUGAUCAAUUACGCACAGAGCUCUCUCCAGGGACUCACGGUGAGAGACAUGCAAUCAUCUAAAGGUGGCUUCUCAGAUGCAGACAUGCUGAAGCAGCAAAAGAUCGUGGUAGAAACCAUCGUUGCCCUGCUCCCGAGCCAGUCAAGGAGGAGCCCCGUGCCGAUGGCGUUUCUUUCAGGUCUCCUGAAAACUGCAACCAUGGUCUCGGCGUCGACCAUCUGCAGAGCAGAUCUGGAGAGAAGAAUUGGGCUCCAACUCGACCAAGCCAUCCUCGAGGACGUACUGAUCCCUGCCGCGAACGCUCACGGUGGGUGCCAGUCCUCGUUGUACGACACGGAGUCGGUGGCGAGGAUCUUCUCCAUCUUCCUGAAUCUGGAGGAAGAGGAGGAAGACGGCGGUCGUUUGAGAGAGGAAAGAGACGGCUGCUACGAGUUGGAUAGCCCGAGAUCUCCGAAGCAAAGCGCGAUAGUCAAAGUAUCCAAGCUUUUGGACAGUUACCUCGCCGAGGUCGCACUGGAUUCCAACCUGACUCCAUCCAAGUUCAUCGCUCUUGCGGAGCUACUCCCGGAUCAUGCUCGAGUUGUGAACGAUGGUCUAUAUCGAGCCGUGGAUAUCUUCUUGAAGGUUCAUCCCAACAUCAAGGAUUCGGAGCGCUACCGCCUCUGCAAAACCAUAGACUGCCAGAAGCUGUCUCAGGAGGCGUGCAGCCACGCAGCACAGAACGAACGGCUGCCCAUCCAAAUGGCGGUGCAAGUGCUGUACUUGGAGCAGAUCAGGCUGCGGAACGUCAUCAACGGAGGCCAUGACCAGUUCUUCUUCGGCUCCGCAAUCGGCCAGUGCGCUCAGAGAUCAGGCAGUGGGGUGGGGAGCGGCGCCAUCUCUCCCAGGGACAACUACGCGUCGGUGAGAAGAGAGAACAGGGAGCUGAAGCUGGAGGUAGCGAGGAUGAGGAUAAGGCUGACUGAUCUCGAGAAGGAUCAUGUUUCCAUGAAGCAGGAGCUCGUGCGCGCCAACCCUGCCAACAAACUACUCCGAUCUUUCACCAAGAACUUGAGCAAGCUGAGCGCUCUCUUCCGGAUGAGGGUCGACGUCAAGCCCUUGAGCGCCAAGGCAGCGUCCGAUGCCCGUCUCUUGUUUCAGAAGAGGCGGCGCCAAGCCAUAUGGUGAACCCCGCGGUGUGUAUAUUCGAUCGUGUUUGCGAUGACGAUCUCGGCAUAAUGGUUGGUUUUCCAUAAAUUUUGUUCCUCUGUCAAGUCUCCUUCGGGUUUACAAGAUCAAAUGCAGUCGGUCUUUUCCUGAUGAAGACUGUGCAUGAAAAGGAUCAAAAAAGUUUGAAUGUUGUGAAUAUUUGGAACUUAUGACUAGCUUGUUAAUCGUG